AUGGUAAGGUCUCCUUGUGAAAAAAUCAAUGUCAAAAGGGGUGUGUGGACUACAGAAGAAGAUACAAAGAAGCUUGCAUUUGGCUCCAAGCAUAGAUCUGGUAAUUGGACCUCUGUCCCCAAAAAAUCAAGGCUCAAAAGGUGUGGAAAGAGUUGUAGGCUUAGGUGGACUAACUACCCCAGGCCUGAUCUUAAAGACGACAACUUCACUACCCAAAAAGAUCUAAUUAUGAAGCUUCAUGCAGCCAUAGGUAGCAGGUGGUCUAUAGUAGCCCAGCAACUUCCUGGGAGAACAGACAAUGAUGUAAAGAACUAUUGGAACACAAAGCUGAAAAAGAAGCUCUCUCAAAUGGGAAUUGACCCUGUUACCCACAAGCCCUUCUCUAAACUCAUUUCUGACUAUGGAAACAUUGGGGGUUGCCAGAAACCAAGUACUCCAAUUACGUCAACUAAUAAGGACUUCAAGGAUGCAAUGAUGUUAGGAUCAGAUCCCCGUCAAACCCUGCCACAAGGAUUUACAAACAUCAAUGACCAGCCAAAGCUAUCACCCAAGACCAUCCCAGUGUCUAUGUUUGGGGAAGAUUGCUUGUCAAAAACUUCUUCACCAUCUACUCCUUCUACAUGUUUCACUUCUUCAGCUUUUAGUUGGAAUGACUUCCUCUUGGAAGAUGCUUUUAUACCAUUUGCUAACCAAGAACAAAGACUUGGUGAGCCAAAUAGAGGAUGUGACCAUGCAAAGUUGUUGGAAUAA